UACCAGUGCUGUGGCUCCAAUCCAGCUCCUCCUCCUCUUCCAACUAACGACGGAUGCCCGAAUGCCCAGCUAGCCUAUAGAGAUAGGGGCACUGUGCAAAUCUGCACAGCGGGCUCAUCGACUUGUCCUCCUGGCUACUUCUGUCAAUUUUCUGCUUCGAAUCGCCAGUUCCAGUGCUGUGGCGUUAGCGGAGGUUGUCCUGCGGAAUCGGUGGCUUUCGUCGGGUUAUCUGGGGAACCCCAGCAAUGCGUAUUGGGACAAUCCAAGUGCCCUGUAGGAUUUGCCUGUCGUCGAUCUGUCGCUGGACAUCACAUCUGUUGUACCAAAAAGAAAAAAGGUUGGAUAUUCAGCGAACCUAGCCCAUUCCGUUCACCAAAAAUUCAGAAGCCUGCUCCGACAAGGAAAUGCUAAUU